CAAAAUAUUUAAAAGUAAGAGAAUCAUAUUCGCCUUUGGGCGAAUUUCGGAUACCCGCUAUCUAUCUAUGGUAAAUAUAUAAAAAUCAUUUAGCUUUUUACGAAUUACGGUCAUAUCGGUCAGUCAGUCAGUGUUUACAUAACUUUUUCAGAGAUAACCUUUCAUAAAUGCAUAAUAAAUGGGAAUGUGUCGCUAUAUUUGUGAAGAUAUUUGAUAAAAAAAAAUUCACUCCGCUUUCAAUAGUUUUUGCCUCAAUUCUUCAUUUCAACUCACCGGUAUUAUAAAAGCAAGCAACAAUGAGACGGAAGGACGUGGGAUUUUUUUUUAAGCAACAAUGUUUACAGAUGCCCCACAUGAUAGCGGGUAUAAAAGAAAAUCAUAAAAUAUAAAAAAAAUAUAUAUAUAUAUAAUUCUGUGCAGAAUUAAGACUGAGAGCCAAAUAUUAGUAAAUUUUUAACAAAAUAUUUUAAUAACUUUUGAAAGAAUCAUUUUGACAACGAAAGGCAAAAUAGUUAAUUAGAAUGUUUUCGAAGGUUCAGAUGGUGAUGCUCAACACUGCGACGCAUACACUCUAGUUGAAAUUUUUCACUUUGAAAACAACAAGUGUCCGAGGUAACCGUACAGAUGAUAAUAAAGUAAGAAAAACAAAGAAAUAGUUUUUGCAAAAGAAAACGUAAACAAAGGGACCGGAAAGAAGGCGAAAAGGAGAGUCAUUUAAAAAAAAAAAAGCUCGUUUAUUGGAGAAUUUUUGCCCACAACAAACCGGUCAGAAUGGAUUUUUCUUUCAUUCGUUGCAUGACAGACUAGAGCUCGGAUUAUUAAAGCAGCGUAUAUCUGUAUUUGCCAAAGUGAAAAAUAAAACAAAGCCCGCACCACACACAUCAUUUUUGUGUGAUGGAAAUGGUUCACUGCUAAACAGUGUAUACGUCUAGUCUAGUCAUGUUAAUUUAAUGUUAACCAUGCUAAUGAUGAUAACAUUUACGGUUGCGGCAGUGAUGACGACAAUUAUGAUGAUAAUGAUGAUCGUAAUGAUGACCACACUUACAAUAUAUAUAAAUGUAGAUAACAGGUUCCCCGGCUUGAAUGUCUGUAACAACAAUUAAAGCAAUAACAACUGAUACUUCAUCAACCAAAAUAAAUUAUCUGAAGAAUUUCUCUAGUGUCUGAUCUCAUACGCAAAUGCUUCAAACAAAAAAAAACAGCAUAGACGGUGAAUAAACACAUAGUUUACUCAAUAAAGUCUGCUACACACACAAAAGAUGCGCAAAAAAUCUAGUUUUCAAACGUCUUUCUAACACAUAUUCCCACCAUUACGAAAACACGAGGCAACAAGUCGCUCUUUUGAGCAAAAUAAAUGAACAACGUUUCCCAACAACCACGUAGCAACAACAACAAAUAGAACAUCUAGUGCAAUUUUUCAGAUAAUUUCUGUGCCACUCGAUACGAAAAUACACAUGAUAUUUGCCUUUGUCUCUAAAGAAAAGUUCUCAAUGGAAAACAAUGAGAAAAUGUUCUCCUUCACUACGCCCGUUUCAAAGAUGUCUCAGACAAGCUGCUUAACAUUACCUGUUGCAUCGAUACCAAAAGUUCCCUUUAAAUUCGAACCGAACAACUUUGAUGGUCUAAUCAACACAACAACUAACGACUCUUAUUCGACCUUUACGGACACCUUUGAUCUAUCUCUACUACCUCAGGAAAAUAACAAAGAUUCGAGUAAUUCGCAAUUCGUUGAUAUACCGACCACAGUGUACGACUUUAAGGAGAGCUGCAUUCCAGUGACUCAAGCUGAUAUCAAAUUGGAACAAGAGUGGUCGCCUUCCACCGUCUUGGAUGGAAUAAAUCACGAAAAAAAUUAUAGAAAUUAUUUUCCAACGAAUAUUGAACAAAAGCAAAUCGCAUUAUCGAAACUAAAAUUACAAUUACCACCUCUGCCAUCACUGUCAGGAGCAGCCUACCCAUCACCUCAAUCAAGUCCCGCGCAAACUGAAUAUAAUUCUCCUCAUUAUACUUCUAACAUCACAGGCCAUUACGACUCUGCAAAUUUACCGAAUAGUUCGCAGCUUACUGUCACCAAUUCUCCGUAUCGCUUAGUUGAUCCGUCAACUGUUAAACAAGAUCAAUUACAUAUACUGCCACCAUCGCCUCCAGAGUCAAAUUGCUGUGGAACACCGUCACCCCAAUCGUAUGCACAUAAUAAUGUAAUCAAAUCGGAACCAUUCGAUUCGGACGUUGAAACAUUUAUCGAUUUGAAUUCUAUGUUGCAAGAACAAACCAAUCCGACCAACAACGACGAAAAUAAUAAUAAUAACAAUAACAAUAAUAAUAAUAAUAGCUGCGUGUCAUCUAUUCAGCAUCCACAGCAACAAGAUUAUCAAUUAUUACGCGAGUAUCUAGAAGAUACGACAUUUCAGAAGAAGCAUAAUUUAAAACCAUUGGCUCUGGAUUCUUUGACAACUUGCCUAGAAGAAGUUCGAGGUGAUAUUGAGGGUGUUAUCUCUUUAGCCCUAGAACAUGUUAAAUGCGAAGCAGAAGCUACAUGCGCCCGUUUACAAAUAUCUCAAGAUCCUUGCGCUUGGUCACCUUCCCAAGUGCACUCUUGGUUACAAGCCACUAUUCAACAAUUUCGUUUACCGUCCAUAAACAAUUUGGAAUCUAAUUUUAACGAAGAUGGUACGGCAUUAUUGAUGCUCAGCGAAGAAGAAUUCAUAAAGCGAGUGCCCGAGUGUGGUAGCACUUUGCACGCACAAUUGGAAAUAUGGAAAUUGGCUUAUUCCGGUGAAUAUAAUAAUGAACAAUGUACAAACUCUACAAUGUUGUCUACUACAACGACACCAACAGCAACAAGUAUGUCACAAACGCAACAGCAGCAACAGCAGCAACAGCAGCAACAACAACAACAGUUAUGGGUUUCUACACCUUCAUAUCAAAUGGAUACGGAUGAGGAUAUUAAAGAAGAUAAUAGCUCUUUACCUAAGGAAAAUAGUAGCAGCAUCAGUGAUGUGAACAACAUAUACGACGGUACAAUUGAGGAAGCAAAGGGCGAGACUCUUUGCGCUGGUGGCAAUGUUUUGAAACGCUCCAAUGCACGCUCCGGUGGAUCUCAUAUACAUUUAUGGCAGUUUCUAAAGGAACUAUUAGCUGCGCCACAUAUAAACGGUACAGCCAUACGUUGGAUUGAUCGCAGCAAAGGUAUUUUUAAAAUUGAGGAUUCGGUGCGCGUUGCAAAGCUAUGGGGUAAACGCAAAAAUCGUCCUGCUAUGAAUUAUGAUAAACUGUCACGAUCGAUACGCCAGUAUUACAAAAAGGGCAUUAUGAAAAAGACAGAACGAUCCCAACGUUUAGUAUAUCAGUUUUGUCAACCGUAUCAUAUGUAACUGCAACGAUACUAGAAAAGUAUAAAAAUGUUAAUUUUCAAAUAUUUUUAUUAGCUUUAGUUUUGUAUAUAUGCGUGCACUUAUUUAUU